CAAAUCUUAUUCCUAUCUAUUGACUGCUGUCUGAUACAUGCUGCAUACAUAUGUAUGCCAAUGACGCUAUUAUAGCCUGGUGCAAGUCAAUACAGCACUCGAGUGCCAUCAAGCGGCCGAGAGCGAAAAAGAUGCAAGUAGCCGAAGACUUCAGUCGAAGCUUCUAAAGGGCCACGCAUAUUGCUCCAAUGCUUCCUUGUUUCUACAAUGCCUACGAGACUAGCCAAAGGUAUCGUACAGGUCCGUCUCCCGUCUCGAGGCUCCAGUUUUUGGGUGAGCGUGUGUGUAUGUGUGUGUUUUAGAGUGGGGUUGUAUGGUAUGUUGUGGUAUGAUAUGUGGUGUUAUGGCAUGUCAUGUAUCGUAUGUAGGGUUCCGAAUGGGUGGUUUGGGGGAAUCGGUCGUAAUCGUAUGAUGCAGAGUCGGAAACGACUGAGUGUGCAGGGGCUCCGGGGAAAUGCUAGAAACAGUGCUAGAACGCUAGAGAAAAAAAACACAAAGGGGGAGACAACGUGCCGGUACGAUGGGGUCGUCCCAGUAAAGGUCGAUAGUGGUUCUGAAGUGGGAAUCGAUCGGAGUCAAUGAGGCCGCGUGUGGUCAGCCUCGCCUCACCUCAAAGAUUGUCUUUAGCCCACGUUUUGAUAUUCGACCCACUGCUGCGACAACCC